AUGUUUGUUGCGGGCUUCGUCGUCUUCCUAUCCACGUUCAUGCCGGAGCGCACUGCGACGGUAGUCGCGUGCACGCUACCGAUGGUGAUGCUAGCCGCAUGGCUCUUUAUGAUGCUCACUGAAAAGGUGGAAGGAGAUUUGCCAGUCACUCUUCCCGAAUGCCCUCUACGAAAUAUCUCGCCGUUCUUUCGGCGACGUUUCGACUUCAUCCGGCGCGGACAACAUCUGACCGGCGAGUCGAUAUAUAGGUUCAAGCUGCUCCGGAAUACUGUCGUCGUAGCCUCUGGCGCACCCGGACGACGCGACUUUUUCACUUCCAGGAGCCUGGACCUUGGCGCUGGUUUCAAGGUUCUGUCUGGCAUAAUACCAACGCUGCCUGGAGUAACGACAGAUCUCGAGCCUGGCAAGAUCGCAACUAUCCAUAAACGCUUAGCGUCACUACAAAACAGCGCCAAUCUGGAGCAAUUAAUCCCUAGGAUUCUAGAGGACGUCCGGCAGGUGAUUGACGGUUGGGGACCGUCCGGUACCAUAUCCCCGUUCGACGAAAUACCGAAGGUAUCAUUUCAAACCAAUUUGCGCUGUCUCGCCCCUUCUGAGCUCGCCGACGACCCCGUGGUAGCCGCACGCCUUCGGACACUGUACGAUACCCUGGAGAGUUCCACCACGCCCGCGAGCGUGUUAUUCCCGUGGUUCCCAACACCGAGUGUCGUCAGGAAAAUCAUCUCUACAAAAAGAAUAUACGACACGAUCAGUGCGGCCGUCGACGCGCGGAUCCGGGGCCAUGUCCUACCCCAGGACGAUCCUCUUCAGCCGAUGCUCGACAAUAGGGAUGAUCGAGCCGUUAUCAUCGGGUUCAUCAUGGGCCUCCUCGUCGCGGGGGCGCGGUCAACAGGAACAACAGCUUCAUGGUUCAUCACUUUCCUCGCCAGCCACCCGACCUGGAAAGACAAAGCCAUGACGGAGAUCCGGGGUCUCCUUGCGUCGCACAGUGAUACACACGGAACUCCCCACAUACCCAGCACUACCGGUACCGAUCCUAGUCCAGCAGCUCUAUCGCUCGCGUCCCUCUCUGGUGCCCUCUCCUCUAUCCCCCUCAACGCCUGGGAGACACAAACGCCUACCCUCGACGCGAUCAUCCGGGAGACCCUGCGGCUCGCCCAGCCGCACACCGCUCUGCGCCAAAACACCAGCCCCUCGCCCGUGCUCCUCGCAGGCAAGGCCGUUCCCCCCGGCGCGUUCGCCGUCUACCCCUUCGCGGACGUGCAUCUCAGCGCGGAGCUCUACCCGGACCCAUGGCGGUUCGACCCCGCGCGGCCGCAGAGCAAGAUGCCGUUCGUGUGGGUCGGCUGGGGCGCAGGCGCGAGCGUGUGUUUGGGCCAGCGCCUCGCGCGCCUCCAGCUGAAGCUAGUGGCGGCAACCGUGCUGAUGGGCUUUGAGAUAGAGGUGGUGGGCGAGGACGGGCGCGUGCUGACUGAGGUGCAGAUGCCGCGGCCGGAUUGGAAUGACGCGUUGCAUUGUAGGCCUGCUGGGGAGUGUGCGUUGCGGUAUAGGCGAGUUGAUAGCUGAGAGGGGGCGGGGCAUAUUGGGCUUGUGGAGCGACGUAUCAUCUGC